GAGUGUCACGCCUGUUAACAUAUGCCCCCUCACACAGCUUAAUUGAAACGACGAUACGCGGAAGAGCACUGCAGGUGUUCCACGGUCAUAAUUAAACGAAAACAACCUAACGCACAUGUGGAAAGUGUUGAACGGCGCUCGCAACCUGCUACUCUGAAAAUCAUACUUCAGUAUUCCGAAGAUAGGCUAUUUAAAAGCUCACUGACUCAAGAUGAGCAGCGGUGGACAGUCCUACCCCCUCGCCUCUCUGUAUGUAGGCGACCUGCAUUCAGAUGUCACGGAGGCAAUGCUCUACCAGAAGUUCUCUCCUGCUGGACCCAUCAUGUCCAUCCGUGUGUGCCGUGACAUCAUCACCCGCAGGUCUCUGGGAUAUGCAUACAUAAACUUCCAGCAACCAGCUGAUGCUGAGUGCGCCCUGGAUACAAUGAACUACGAUGUCAUCAAGGGUCGGCCUAUCAGAAUAAUGUGGUCUCAGCGUGACCCGGGACUCAGGAAGUCUGGCGUGGGAAACAUCUUCAUCAAGAAUAUGGACGAGUCUAUUGACAACAAGGCUCUGUACGAUACCUUCUCAGCCUUUGGCAACAUUUUGUCCUGCAAGGUUGUUUGUGACGAGAAAGGGUCCAAAGGUUAUGGAUUUGUUCACUUUGAGACUCAAGAGGCUGCAAACCGGGCCAUUGACACCAUGAAUGGGAUGCUGCUGAAUGAUAGGAAAGUUUUUGUUGGCCACUUUAAGUCUCGCAAGGAGAGAGAGAUGGAGUUUGGAACCAAAGCGAUGAAGUUCACCAACGUCUACAUCAAAAACUUUGGUGAAGAAUACACGGAGGAGAAACUCAAGGAAGUCUUUUCGGCAUUUGGCAGGACUCUCAGUGUGCGGGUGAUGAGGGAUGACAGGGGCCGUUCCCGAGGCUUUGGCUUUGUGAACUACGCAAACCACGAGGAUGCUCAGCAGGCAGUUGAUGAUAUGAAUGGAAAAGAUAUCAAUGGGAAGACCAUCUUUGUCGGUCGUGCUCAGAAGAGACUGGAGCGCCAGGGAGAGCUCAAGCGCAAGUUUGACCAGAUCAAACAGGAUCGCAUCCAGCGCUACCAGGGGGUGAAUCUGUACGUGAAGAACUUGGACGAUACCAUAGAUGACGAGAGGCUCGGGAAAGAGUUUGCCCCUUAUGGCACCAUCACCAGUGCCAAGGUCAUGACAGAUGGCUCCCAAAGCAAGGGCUUUGGCUUUGUCUGUUUCUCCUCACCUGAGGAAGCAACAAAAGCAGUGACUGAAAUGAACGGGAGGAUUAUUGCCACCAAGCCACUGUAUGUGGCUCUGGCUCAGCGGAGGGAGGAGCGUAAAGCGAUCCUGACCAAUAAAUACAUGCAGAGGAUCUCCACAAUAAGGAGCAUGCCGAGUCCCAUCAUCGACUCUUUCCAGCAGGCCGGAUACUACAUGACUGUGCCCCAGCAGCCUCCCACACGCUCUUUCUACAACCCCAAUGCUGUCGGCAACAUGAGACCAGUGCCGCGUUGGACCGGACAACCACAGAGACUGCAGGAAACUCGCUGUCUUCAGGUUGUUCCUGCGCCGAUGAUGGAGCCACCGCACGUGCACUUUGGAGGCCGUGAGCCGCUCACCGCCUCCAUGCUGGCUUCAGCUCCACCCAUGGAUCAGAAGCAGCUCCUCGGAGAGCGACUGUAUCCAGUGAUCCACACCCAGCACCCAAACUUGGCUGGAAAAAUCACAGGCAUGCUGCUGGAGAUCGACAACUCUGAGCUGCUGCACAUGCUCGAUGCUCCAGAGUCCCUGAAUGCUAAGGUGGACGAGGCGAUUGCCGUCCUGCAGGCUCAUCAGGCCAAGGAGUGCUCUCCUACGAAGUGAAGAAGCCCUUUCAGAUGUCAACGACUUUCUGGAGGAGGGAAAAAAACAAAACAAAAACAGUAAAACUUUGAAAAAACUAAAAAAAUUAAAACUAUUUUGUUGUUGCAUUACCUUUUUGUUAGAAGAUAAAGUUCAAAGUAUAUGCAUUAAA